CGCUCAAUUCCCCUGGUCAGCUUGCCAGUCUCUCAACGACCACACAGCUUCUAAUGUAGUGACGAGAAGAUCAACCGUGCCUCCGCCCGAUACACGUGUCGGGUGCCGCAACAAACAUUGUUACGCGCAUCCGUGGACUGAUAUCGACACAGAGGAAUCGGAUUCAUCUGUGCGUUGCGGAUUGCGGUCACAAAAUCCUGAUAUUUUAUCCGGGCAAGCUAUCUGCGUUUUCCCUUUCCUCUCACGCUUGGAUUGGUUUAUACGACUCUAUCAUUGGCAAUGCUCAAAUCCAGCCUUGCAGUCAAGCAUGCCUACCUUCAUAAACUAUACUUCGUCCUGCAGUGACACCAACUCACAAUAGUGGGAGGUCCUUCCGAUUGCAUCCCAAAAGUAUCUCGAAAGUAUCCUCCCAUAUGCCUCUCUCCACCAUGUCUCAGAAUAUCGGAGAGUCACAGCUGUGGAUCAUGAUACGAAGGCACAGUUCAUCCUAUGCUUGCAGGAGUUUGCAACAGUCCGCCAUGCUGCAUUGGCUCGAGGGACGAGGCCGACUUUGUACGACAUGUAUUUACCUGCCAUAAGCACAGCGUUGCCAGACUUGGACAGCUUUUGUCUUUUCUUCAUAUAUAAGAACAACAAGAGCAUCCUUGCGGGUGGGCUCAUCGUGGUGUUGCUUUGGCAUUGGAGUAGUCCAAAGCUUUGCUGGGUCCUCUUUUUAAUCUACACAGUUUCAGUGAUUGAGACGCAAACUGCAAACAGGCAAAGAAGCUGGGGGUUCCUGACCGCCCGCCUUUCAAGCAGGGACCAUCUGUCUGCUGAGGUUUCGCCGAAUGCUUGAUCGACCAGGAGCGAUGAUGAGAUUUUCUCUAAGAACUCGCAGUCGGAAUGCCGCGCACUCUAUGCCUGAAAUGUGCGUUAUGCAAGGAAGCGAAUCCUCCCGCGGUGUCCACAAGAAAUGUCCCGAUCAGGAAGAUAGUCCCCGGAGGUGUAUUGCGUCAAGCUGCCCUGAGAAGGUCGUGAUGAUGAAUUGGACAAGGCCACGCCAAAAUCCUUUCAUCUUUGACAUGUUCAUCGAACUUGAAAAAGAGAAUACACACCAUGGAGGACGCAAACAUUCAACCACCUCGAGACGCGCUCUCCUUGACACAGGAGCCGAUUUCAACUUGAUAUCCCACGAGGCCUUCGCCCAGCUCAACAUUGAAGGAAGGCCUUAUCAAGGAUUGCUUCACUCUCUCGGUGGAUAUAGCGAGUUAGAAAGCACCAUUCUCUUGAAUUGGCACUUUCGCCUUUCCUCUUCUCAAACAACUUCCACAUAUCAGCAUCAUGCAUCAUUUUACAUACUUCGGAAUACCUCGCCAGCAAAAUUUGAUUGUAUCAUUGGCCGUCCUUGGAUCGAGGAAAAUUGGUCCGAAUUUGUUGCUCUCGUUGAAAACAACCGGAAAAGGCCAGAAUAAUCAAGUGGCAACUUGCCGUUUCGAGAUCAUCGGUCCAGACGGCAACAGGAGCCCAGCCAUUGCGACACGUUGGCGGCUUCUCUGCCAUUGCACGUCGUAAAUUGAGUCGAUCGUUAUGUGCCGAACCAACUUGUCGGCGUGCGCAAGCCCUCUUAUGAGAAACUGAAAUUUCUCAAUGUACAACUUUCUUCGAGACACAAAACGGGCAUUCUUCCGGGGUACUUGUCACAGUCUUGGUGAUGCUCAGGCGUGUGACAGAGGUGGUUAAUAUCUGGAAUCGGGCUAAGCGGGAGGGCUUUUUCUACCAAUGGCGCGGAAAAACUGAAACCGAGCGUGGGCACAAUGUUACACAGACACAGUGACAAUGCUG